AUGGCAUCUUCUCCUUCUCCAACUCUAAAGUCUUCUCCUACUCCUUAUCCACUUAAAUUCCCCGCUCUGCCCCUCAAUUUCAAUUUAUUCACAAAUUCUGCCACUCGUUCUCUGUGCCUCCGCUCCACCCGGCGUCUUUCUCCAAUCACCGCCGCACUCUCUGCUGCAGAAACCACAGGAACUACUGGAACCGAUUCAGGGAAGAAAAAGCCGUUGCUCGAAGUCAAAGACUUGACGGCAGUGAUUGCUGAGUCGAAACAGGAGAUUCUUAAAGGUGUUAACAUUGUCGUUUAUGAAGGGGAGAUUCACGCUAUUAUGGGAAAAAAUGGAUCUGGUAAGAGUACAUUCUCAAAGGUACUUGUUGGGCAUCCGGAUUAUGAAGUAACAGGAGGGAGUGUAGUGUUUAAAGGUGAGAACUUGCUUGAUAUGGAGCCAGAAGAAAGGUCCCUUGCUGGGCUUUUUAUGAGUUUUCAGACACCAGUUGAAAUUCCUGGUGUUAACAAUAUCGAUUUUCUUAACAUGGCUUACAAUGCACGAAGACGGAAACUUGGUCUGCCUGAACUUGGACCUAUUGAGUUCUAUGCUUAUUUGUUUCCAAAACUUGAGCUUGUGAACAUGAAGAGUGAUUUUCUUAAUAGAAAUGUGAACGAAGGGUUUAGUGGUGGUGAAAGGAAGCGGAAUGAAAUUUUGCAACUUGCGGUUUUGGGUGCGGACAUGGCUAUAUUAGAUGAAAUUGAUUCUGGGUUGGAUAUUGAUGCCCUCAAAGAUGUAGCAAAAGCAGUAAAUGGGCUGUUGACUCCAAAGAAUUCCGUUUUGAUGAUUACCCAUUAUCUACGACUUCUGGAAUUCAUCGCGCCCACAUGCAUCCAUAUCAUGGAGAAUGGAAGAAUUGUAAAAACAGGCGAUAUAUCCUUAGCGAAGACACUUGAGAAGGAAGGUUACAAAGCAAUCUCUGCCUCUUAA